CACAUUUGGUCAUUCUGAAUAUGAAGAUCUUCAGUCCCGUCAUAUACCUUACCCGCCGAGUCUGGGCAACGUUCAAAUUACUAUGUCGUGCUAUGAAGAAACUCCUGUGGAUGAUGCUCCCAUUCUAUUGUCUCACCACAUUACUCGGACUUAUCCAAGGGCCCAUUCUGGUCCAAUGGUACACGGGAACAAUGGACCAGUUUGCUCGCCUCCUCGUCAACAAUCUCUACGAGAUCAAGAUCCUGGAGUUUUUCGGCGAUGCAUAUGGAGACAGCUUUGUAGAUGGCUUUAACCCUAUAUAUGGGAUAACGCCGAUUCAGAGCCCGCUGGAUUGGACUUCUCAUCUGGGACUCAGAAGACCCAGGGGUUGGAGUACAGAGAACGUUGAGAAUAUGGCAAGUCUAUACAACCUGUAUCGAAGGACACGUCGCUAUUCGAAUGACGAGCCUUGGCAGCAUUGGAUUUAUCUUUCGGCGCAAAUGGAGCCAUGGAAACAGCCCGACGGCCCGAUACUUCAUGAUCCUUGGGACCAAGCAUUUGUCAAGCUUCUGGAAUACAGAGAUAAGCAUGAGAAGUUGGGGCGGUCAAACUUCCACUACGUAUCCUGCCAUAAGAGCUUCCUUUGCGGGUCAUGGCGAGUCACUGCGCCAGCACUAUUACACUUCACCACCAACGCGACGGCAAGAAAGGGAUCCAAGAAGUACCGGGACUUUCCAUACCAUGAACCAGUAUCCGUGCGAGUAUUUGAGCUACCCCUCCGAGAAGUGGCUAUACCUGGCGUAUUUCCCACCUACUUUGAGCAGAUGCGGGCUCUCACAGCAAGCAAUUCGACCUUCUGGACGACCAAAGACACAUACUCUCACUUCGACCAAGUUCGCAGCCAAGCACUCCCAAUGCUAAGGCAACUGGAAAAAGAUUACCCUUGGUCUUACGGACUUCUGGUUAAAGCGGAAGAGAAAUGGACAAGCAUAUGGGCUAUGGAAGACACAGCGCUUGUGAUUGGCGCUUAUUUGAUUCCUUUUGCAUUUACAGCCAUUCCAACUUAUUUGUACAAGCUGGCACAAGCGCGGUGGAUCGAGGACAAGAAGCCCGAAGCCUCUGAAGCAGAGCUCAAGAGAAAAGAUCCUUUGGCGCGAAGUCUGGAAGAGUUUCUCGAGGCAAUGGGUGAUGAAGACAAGGAGAAGUUUCGGAAGACGGCUCGAGGUGGAAGACUGCUGAACAAGAUCGAAGCAGAGCUUGCGAUUGAUGAUUGGAACACUGGUGAGGAGAUGAUCCAAGAAAUCUCUGGCGCCUUGGGACUAGAUAAAGAUGGGAAGGUCAAGGGUCGGUGAUGGAGGACAUAACUACACUUCUUAGACCUUUGCUUCAGAGCACAUUAAGCACUAGCAGAAGAGUAAAGGAGUAAACUAAUUGCUUGGUUAACUGCCGAGUGUUCCCUUUUUAGAUGUUGGGAUGAGAAGACCCACAUAGGGCUGAAGCUAUACUGAUUUAGGAAGUUACUGGGAGAAACCUCGAUUUACCUUCUUAAUUAAGUUGCUGGUGUGAGAAAGGGUAAGAAGUUUGGAACUAGACUAACAAGCAAGUGUUAAAAAGCAUAUAGCUCGCAAUUGCAGUUCCUAAAAUUCCUC